AUAAAGACAGGCGUGCAAAGUCUCCCCACAUAAAAGCCCUCUCAGAGGUAACCCUUACUUCCCUACCCUUCCAUUGUCGCUUCAAGAGUUUUCUUCAAUCUCUCGUCAGGGAGAAAUCAAAUCGGAAGGAAGAGGCGAAUUUGGCGUAAGGAGAUAUGGUUUUGGCGGAAGGAUUCGGUGUUUGGAGGUUUUGGUUUUUGUUUGGAAGAUAAUGAGCAGAUUCCUUUGUGUGUUGUUCUUCUUCGGAGAAGAAGAUGGUUUCGCACAUCCAAAACCAUGAAUCCUUCCUCCAUAACUCGAUUUUCGAUGCUCUUUACUGCGACGAGGAGCAUUUCGAUGAAAAUGUGGGUUGCGGUUCGGGAUUGAAGGAGUCGGAGACUGAGACUGAGGUUAUUCGCGAGAUUCGCGAUGAAAAGCUAGGGCAGGAUCUUCUGUGGGAGGACGAAGAGGUUGUAGCGCUCCUGGAUAAGGAGAAGCAGCAAUCUGGUUCGAUUUACGAAGAGAUUGACUCCGAUGCGGAUUUGAAAGCGGUUAGGAGUGCGGCGAUUUGGUGGAUGAUGAAGGUGAUUGGUUACUACGGAUUCAACGCUACGACUGCUGUUUUGGCUGCGAACUAUUUCGAUAGAUUUGUUUCUAGCGCUUGUUAUCGGAAGGAUAAGCCAUGGAUGGGUCAAUUGGCUGCCGUCGCCUGCCUUUCGAUUGCUGCCAAAGUGGAGGAGACGAAUGUGCCUCUCCUGCUGGACUUACAGGUGGAAGAAUCAAAGUAUUUCUUCGAAUCAAAAACAAUUCUAAGAAUGGAGCUUUUGAUCCUUUCAACUCUCAAGUGGAAAAUGAAUCCAGCCACACCUAUCUCCUUCAUCGACCAUAUCGCCCGGAGGUUCCAGUCCAUGAGCAACCUGCCAUUGGAGUUUUUAAGAAGAUGUGAGAGCAUAGCAGUUUCCAUCAUCGCAGAUUAUCGCCUCUGUCGGUAUCUUCCUUCUGUCAUUGCUGCUGCGAUAAUAAUUUAUGUUGUUAAAGAGAGUUGCGAUGCAUCAGAGUAUCAAAAUCAGCUGACAACUGUCCUCAAAGCUAGCGUGGAAAACAUCGACGAAUGUGGAAGCCUCAUCGCAGAGGCAAUGGGAGGUGGCCUUACUUGCAAGCCUUGCCCUAAGCGCAAACACGAGUGCGCGCCGCCGAGCAGUCCGAGCGGCGUAAUCGACACUUAUUUCAGCUCCGACAGCUCCGUCGAUUCAUGGGCUGCUGGGUCGCAAUUCUCCGAUCCUUUAUUCAAAAGAAGCCGAACUCAGGAUCAGCAGCACCCCGUAUUCGUCGAUUAUCCUCGCUGAGGUUCCGUUAUUUGAUAUUUAGCUAUGAAUCCUACCGUAUUUUCAAAUCCGCGACAUUUCUCCCGAAUCGCAUUCAUUCAGUCUGUCCAUCCGACCAAUAUCGUUGCAAUCGAUGGAUUGAAAUCGGGUACGGUUGGUGAGAUCGGUGAGAAAGGUACUUUGAAAGUUUUUUCUCUGUGAUCUAUCUUUAAGGUCGAUUCCCGGAGUUUGGAUUCAAGACAUCGUUUUUAUUGUUAUGCACAUUCUAUUGCAUUUCUAGCAUAUUACAGCGCCUAAAUUAGAUUGCCACCGAGGUCGAUGAAAGAACAGGGGCGUAUUUGUUCGUCGACGAAAUCUGGACAGGUUGGUGGUGAAACUAUUUACUCCUUAACUUCGUUGGAUCCUUACAUAUAUGUAUAACUUGUCUCGAUGUGGGAUAUAUAAAUCAAAUUGGUAUUUCGAAAUUUUCUUUCUUUCU